AUGGCGGCGCAAAGAACUGCUGUGAAGACCACCUACGAGGUUGGCCGUACCUUGCAGCCCAUCUACUCGGGAGGCAGUUUGGCAUUGAGCCAGGACGGGCGCAUCCUGGCUGCUAGCUUGGGUGAAGAUGUUCUUCUCACCGACCUCACAAAUGGACAAGAGCUGGCAAGAGCCGAGGGCGACGGCGAGGCAAUCACAUCAUUGACUUUAACGCCCUCUGCCUCGCAUCUCAUUGUAUGCUCGCGAUCACUGUCCAUGCGCCUAUUUUCUCUCAACCCUUCUGAAAACGGGGACGACUCCAUCGAACUCCAACUUGUCCGCACCCUUCGACCGCAUACGUCACCUGUAGUCACUCUGGCCACAGACCGCACAGGAACGCUACUAGCAACCGGAGGCGCAGAUGGUGUUGUCAAAGUUUGGGACAUUCGCGGCGGCUACACCACCCACGCUUUUCAUGGCCAUGGUGGGGUUGUUUCCGCGCUUCAUUUCUUUGAGGUUGAGGUAGCUGAGCGGGAAGAUGCAUCCGAAAACAACAAGAAACGGAAGAGGAAAUCAAGACAAGAAGGUGCCGAGAUCGAACAAGCCCAGGGCGAAAGUCAGAUACAAUUCCGACUGGCCUCGGGUGCCGAGGACGGAAAAAUUAGAAUCUGGGAUUUGCACAAGAGGAAGAGCGCCGCCAUAUUAGAUUCGCACGUUUCUGUGGUUCGAUCGCUGCAGUAUUCACCACAGGAAAAGCUGCUCCUCUCUGGUAGUAGAGACAAGACUCUGAUUGCAUGGGACUCGAACAGGUGGAAGGCGCAACGCACCAUUGCCGCACUCGAAGGCAUCGAGAGCGCCGGUUUUGUUGCAGACGGAAAGAUCUUGUACUCUGGUGGAGAAAACGGCAGAGUACGACUUUGGUCAACAUCAAGCGGACGCGAACUCACAUCAGAGCAAGAGCCGGGUAUAGAAACGGAUGAGAUUGUCAACAUUCUCUACUACCCAACCCUGCCUUACCUGAUCUCAGUACAUGCUGACCAGGUACUCAACUUUCACUCUCUCAAAUCUGCCGAAUCCCUUGUCGUCGAGGAGACGAUUGAUCCUCUACCAGUCUUUCGGCGUGUCUCCGGAACGCAUGACGAAGUGAUUGAUAUUGCGUACGUCGGCCGUGACAAAUCAUUGCUGGCAUUGAACACCAACUCCGAGGACAUUCGCAUCAUCACAUUAAACGAGUCAGAGGGAGACGACGCAACAGAAGGAAGAUACUUUGGCGCAGACGUGGGACUACUAAAAGGCCAUGAUGAUAUUGUCAUCUGUCUAGAUGUGGACUGGUCAGGACAUUGGCUCGUCACAGGUGCAAAGGACAAUACAGCCCGGCUAUGGCGACUAGAUCCCGAACACGGAUCAUACACUUGUGCAGCAGUUUUGACAGGUCAUGCUGAAUCGCUGGGUGCAAUUGCGUUACCUCAUACAGUGCCUCAGGAGUCGUCUGCCGCAUUCACAGAUCCGUUAUCACACCCCCCGGCAUACAUUGUAACAGGAUCCCAAGAUCGGACCGUUAAGCGGUGGGACACGACUAAGGAGAUGAAGGGAAAGCUACGAGCAAAGUAUACUCGCAAGGCACACGAUAAGGAUAUCAACGCAAUUGACAUCGACCCGUCUGGGACUCUGUUCGCUUCUGCGUCACAGGACCGUACAGUCAAGAUCUAUUCGGCUGCUGAAGGAGAAGCGAUUGGUGUCCUUCGAGGUCACCGUCGUGGUGUCUGGAGCGUCAAGUUUGCACCAAAAGACUCACAGGCCCCGAAUUCGAGUGGCAAGGGCUUGAUUGCAACUGGCAGUGGAGACAAGACGGUCAAGAUCUGGAGUCUGGCGGACUACAGCUGUCUUUUGACGCUUGAAGGCCACUCCAACAGUGUCCUGAAGCUCGCAUGGCUCCCAUACCGUCCAGUGGACGCGCGAGACAAACGAGGUCCGCAAGUCGCCUCUGCAGCCGGUGACGGCUUGGUCAAGAUCUGGGACUCCAUCUCGGGCGAGACAAUGUCUACCCUCGACAACCACACCGACCGUGUCUGGGCCCUCGUCGUCCACCCUCAAACUGGCGCCCUCGUCUCUGGCGGCGGUGACAGCGUCAUAACCUUCUGGCAAGACACAACCAGCACCACGCUCGAAGCCGCCACCACCGCCGAAACCGAGCGCAUCGAACUCGACCAGAAACUCCAAAACUACGCCUACGCAGGAAACUACCGCGACGCCAUCGUCCUCGCCCUCCAAAUGGACCAACCCGCCCGCCUCUUCUCCCUCUUCAAAUCCGUCGUGGAAUCAGACUCUCCAGACCCAGACUCCCUAUCCGGUCUCAACUCCGUCGACGCCGUCCUCGCAUCCCUCGCCGACGAACAACUCUACAAACUCCUCCUCCGCCUCCGCGACUGGAAUACAAACGUCCGCACCGCUCCCAUCGCCCAGAAGAUUCUACACACGAUUGUCAAAUCGUACCCAGCAGCACGGCUUGCGGGGCUGAAGCCUCAAGGCAAAGUUGCGGCGAAGGGGAGUCUGAAGGAUGUGCUGGAGGCUAUCAAGGUUUAUUCAGAGAGACAUUAUAGGCGAGUAGAGGAGUUGGUGGAUGAGAGUUAUUUGUUAGAUUUUACAUUGAGAGAGAUGGAUGAGGUCGGGGGUGUGAGUGAGGGUAUGAAUGGGUUGGGGUUGGAAGGCGGAAGGGACGUUGUCAUGGUUGAAUAA